GAUUUGCGGUGACAAGAAUCGAAAAUGUGGAAAGCGAAUGCGGGCAGAAUUCAACAGUUCACAACUUUUUAAUUUUAAUUAAUUACACUUAAUUCAAUCUGAACCUGGCAUGUUUACAGGAACUGCUACAUCUGUCUUGAAGAAACCCGUAAAACAAAACAGUGCAAGAUGCGUGACACUGACCAGUAAAUAAUUGAUUUGUUGAUUUCUGUUUAUGUUGAGUUAUUUCGAAGGCAUUUGGAUGACAGUAGAGUGAACAUGGGAUCAGAACAGAGCACACACCAAACACAGGGGCCAGCAAGCAGAGAAAGAUCAGCAGCACAACUCCGAAGAGGGAAAUCAAUUCCUGAGAGAGAAGUUUUUGAUGAUGCUAACAGACCUGGAAGUAUAUCCCCUGGUCCAAGUAUUUGCUCAGAUUCUGACCUCCCAUAUAUUUCAUACACUGUCAACAGACCUAUUGGAGAUUCUCCUAAAUUGCAGCAGAAGCAUGGGAGUAGCAACCUGAAGCGUGGCAAGUCUUUAGGAAAUCCUGUGACCAGGAAGCCUUUUGUGCCAAAGAGGCAAUUAUCAGCAAUAAACAAAACAGUAACUAACAGCAUAGUUGUGGUGAAGUCAGCAACAAACAAUGAUUCAACUGACAAAGAUCCUGAUCUCAUUAGGUUACAGAUGGUACCAAUGUUCUUACCUAUUAUGCGAGGUACUCUCAACUUACCAGCAGCUAGAGAUCCAGAGGUACUUGAGCGACUGGAUCCCUCUGGCCCAUUAGCAUUAUGUCAGCGUUAUCAGCAUCAUCUGACACUAUGUAGUGAACUUGUCUCCUCAGAACAGGCUGCAAUAAAUCUACGCAUGCGAGAGAUUGAUGCAGAGGUUUCAAGGCUACUGACCCUCAUGACAGAGAGGCAGAAACGAUGUGCUAAGUAUGCAGAGAAACUGAGUAAGGUGCAUGAACUGUCACACCAGUUGAACCGUUGUCACACACUUCUCAAUCAAACACUGGAAAGCAUGGAGACAUUAAACAACUGGCUCCCUGUUGAAGAUCGUCUUGAGCCUUUUGUAUGGACAACUGGAUAGCAUGGCAGUACGCGUGAAGACACCCCUUGAUCAGUUCAGAAAUAAAUUUCACUGGCAUUACAGCACUUUCUCUUGAACUAGAAUGAAUUGUUUUCAUGUUAUCAAACUUUUAUCUCAUUAUUGUAAAUAACUGUAUAAUAGCACAUUGACUCAAUGUGCUUUUGAAUCAUUAAAUACUUGUUAUGACAAA